AUGAAUAAGAUCAUCCGAGCCGCAUAUGGUCCGGAAGUGGUGUACCAGAAUAUUGCUCUCGAGGCUAUGCAAGGCUGGGAAUCUUGGAAUAAAUACUUGGCUAAAGGUCGGGGCCUUCCGCCAGGCAUGACGAAGGAGGACAGGAUCUGGGUGAACAACGGCAAUCUGCAGGUUUGCGGUCAGAUGGAGCUCCCGCCAUUUGAGAGGCACUCUAUCGCAAACAUGGAGAAGAUCGGCAAGCGGACGUCUCAAGUUGUCGUAUCAGAUCCUCGAGAUGUGGAGCAAGCUCGUCGCGAUGGCUUCAUGUUCGCCGUUGAUCCCUUCAAUCGACGUGUCCGGGGCAAGCUCUAUCAAGCAUUGUUGGAUACCACGGGUGGGUUUGUCUAUGCGGACAAGGUGUGCCGCCUAGCACUACACCUCUGCCGGCAGGCGGGCGUUAAAUUUGUGCUUGGUGACGCGGGGGAAUUCGUUAGUUACCUUGAAAAGAAUGGUGAGGUGGUGGGUGUUGAGACUAAAGACGGCACCAAACACCGCGCGAGUCUCACAGUGGUGGCCUGCGGAGGCUGGACGAACCAGAUUGUGCCCCAACUCGACGGCUUGUGCGAGACUACCGGCGGCUCGGUUGCUGUUAUCAAAAUCCCUAAGUCCUCACAUCUGUACGAGCGCUUCUCACCGCGUAACUUUCCUACGUUUACCUAUAAGAUGCGUGACGGCACUGAAGGUGGCAUGUACGGGUUUCCUUUGGACGAGUUUGGGCACCUCAAGUUCGGGUACCGUGGUACCAAGUAUACUAACCCGCAACUCGUCAACAAAGAUGAAAAGAGCAACGAGAAGGUUUAUAGGAGUAUUCCGAUCACCAAGUGGUCUAAGCCAGCAUCUCUGACACAGAUUCCCAGCGAGGCCAUGGAUAAGAUCCGAGACAUGAUUAACGAUCUUCUACCCGAAAUCGGCGAGGAAGGCCACGAUAUUGCGUUCACACGCAUGUGCUGGUACAACGACUCGUUCGACAACCAUUUCGUUGUCGAUGCUGUGCCGCAGCGGAAGGGGCUGUUUGUGGCAACUGGUGGAAGCGGACAUGCGUUCAUGUUCUUCCCUAAUAUAGGGAAGUACGUCGUGGACCGUAUUGAAGGCAAGGAGAACGACGUCCUUGACUUCUGGAAGUGGAGAGGACUGGCCGCGGAUCAGAUCCCAAUCAAUAAGCUCGCACUUGGUACGGCUAGUCCUAGAGCUUUGCAAAACCUGCAGCUUACUACAGACAAUGACCUCAAGUUGAGCGUCGGGGCUCGUCGCAUUGCGACAAAGCUCUAA